UCUUCAGAAUGGCUACCAAGACACCAAUGCAGGCUGCCUGUGAUCAGGUCGUUGAAAUCUACGAGAGGUAUGCUAACAAGGAUGAUGUCCUGGAUAAGCAUGAAUUAAAGAAGCUGGUAGAGGAGCAGUUUCCAGAUUGCCACAAGCAUAUCCAAAACAAUGAAGCUGUCCAUAAACUCUUCCAGGAACUGGACAAAGAUAAGAACGGCACCCUGGAUUUUCUGGAAUGUAUGGCCAUAGUUGCGAGAUAUGUCCACGCUACCCAUGAGAAGCUUCAUGGCCGUGGGGAAGGAAAGGACCCCCAUUGCCACCCCCAUGGCCACCCCCAUGGCCACUAAGAAGGAGAGCUAGCAAGUAGCCGAGGAUGAUGUCCAGAGAAAGAAUGAGAUAAAUUACGCAAUAAAUCAAGACAAC